GCCAGACGGAGCUCUAGCGGUCAAACUCGCCCUCAGCGCUGCAUCAGUGAAACACUCAUCCAGUUGCAGCUCCAGUUUCACUUCUUUUUCUUCUGCUGCUUCUUUUUUCUUUCUUUUUUUCCGCGUCGUUCGGGUUGUUUUUGCAGCGAGUGCGCGCGUGUGUUGUGGCUGUGAGCAUGCAAAGCAACGAGCGACAUCGAAACAAGAAAUCAGGGGCAACAUGGACAAAUCGUCAACUUAUAUUUUACAAAUGCACUUUAUAUUUAUUCAUCUUUAGUCUGGAACUGAAGAGAAGCAUUACAGCACCAGUGGAGUCUGAUGAUUUCGCCUUCUUCCUCGAAGGGGGCAACGGGUGCCUGGGGGUGCUGGGUGACUCUAUAAUUGUGACACCCUCAUGUGAGAAGCCCCACCAACGCUGGAAAUGGGUAACUCGAGGACGCCUGUUCAAUUUGGGCUCAUCGUUAUGCCUGGGCAUAACCACCGGUAACGUCACCAUCACAAAGGACAGAUCUGCUCUGGGUGUGUACACGUGUGAUCGAGAGCCCCCCAGAGUGCGUUGGUCCUGGAAUUGUGGUCAGGUGUUGGACACCUUUAACACUUACCUUCAUUCACCCUCACUCUGGAACUCAUCCUUUACCUCGUCUCCCUCUACACUCAAAUGGAGACUGUAUGGUGAUGUGCAGGACCUGUGCUCCAAAACAUAUCAAGAGAUCUAUACAAUCCAGGGCAACUCUCAUGGGCGCCCUUGCUACCUGCCCUUCCUGUAUGAUGGCCAGUGGUUUCACAACUGUACAAGUGUCGGCCGAGAAGAUGGCCACCUGUGGUGUGCCACCACCCAUGAUUAUGGCAAAGAUGAGGUUUGGGGAUUCUGCCCUGUCAAGAGCCGCAGCUGUGAGACAUUCUGGGAUACUGACCCACUGACAGACAGCUGUUACCAGUUUAAUUUCCAGGCUACGCUGUCAUGGAGUGAGGCUCGGAUCAGUUGCCAGCAGCAAGGGGCAGACCUGCUAAGCAUCACCAAGCUGCAUGAGCAGACCUACAUCAAUGGUUUGCUGACUGGCUACAGUGCUUCUUUGUGGAUCGGCCUAAAUGACCUGGACAUCAGUGGAGGCUGGCAAUGGUCCGACUCCUCACCACUCAAAUAUCUAAACUGGGAGCCAGACCAGCCAAAUCAUGCUGAGGACGAAAACUGUGUGGUGAUCAGAACUGAGUCAUCAGGACGUUGGCAAAAUCGUGAUUGUUCUGUUGCUCUGCCAUAUGUCUGUAAGAAGAGGCCCAAUGCCACCCUGGAUCCUUUCACUACUGAUUCGUGGGCAGAUGAUCAGAAAUACGAGUGUGAUGUGGGCUGGCAGGCCUUCCAGACUGGAUGCUACAAGCUCACUUCUGAAAAGACUGACUGGAAUGCUGCUCAGAAAACCUGCCAGAAGGUGGAGGCCAACCUGGUCAGCAUCCAUACGCUACCUGAGUUAGAGUUUAUACUGCGCAACCUGAAGAAAGACAUUGAUCAGUUAUGGAUAGGGCUCCAUGACACCGACAUGCAGAUGGACUUCCAAUGGACUGACCACACACCCGUCAUCUUCACCUACUGGCACCCAUUUGAACCCAAUAACUUCCGCAACACCCAGGAAGACUGCGUCUCUAUCUGGGGCUCGGAGGGUCGCUGGGAUGACAGCCCCUGUAAUCUGACUCUGCCCUCCAUCUGUAAGAAACCAGCAACAAAAAGUGAUGGGAAGCCACAGCACCAAGACUGCAAACAAGGCUGGAAGUGGCAUAGUCCAGCUUGUUACUGGGUGGGAGAAGAUCUGUUCACAUUUGAUGAGGCUAAAAAAGCCUGUGAGGAUUACGGAGCCGCCCUCGUUACUAUUACUAAUAGGUUUGAUCAGGCCUUCACCAACAGCCUGGUGCUUGGUCGCUCUGGAGAUUCUUUUUGGAUUGGUCUUCGCAGCCAGGACAGCGUCGGCUCGUUCCACUGGCUCAGUGGAGAUGAAGUUUCCUACACUCACUGGAAUCGAGACCAGCCGGUAAACAUCCGAGGCGGCUGCGUUGCCAUGGCCACGGGCUUCACAACAGGUCUGUGGGAGGUUAAGGAGUGUGCGUCAGUGAAAGCGAAAUUCAUCUGCCGUCAGAACCAGGACACAGCUCUGAGCCCCGAGCUCCCCGCCCCUCAGCCCACCCCAAGCCUCAGCGGCUCCUGUCCCAGCAACUGGAAGAGCAACAGCAACCUACGCUACUGCUACAAGGUGUUUCACUCCUCCCAGCUGGAGCAGAAGCUUAGCUGGCUCCAGGCACACCUGUUCUGUCAGAAACAUGGAGCCAAUUUGCUGAGUAUCAGCGGCCCUGAGGAGGAGCACUUUGUUCUGCAGGUCCUCCAUGAAACAUUUGGGGAGUCCGAGGAACAUGAGCAGCACUGGUUUUGGAUUGGAUUGAACCGUAGGAACCCCAUGGACAACGGCAGCUGGAAGUGGAGCGAUGGACUUGCAUUAACAUACCAGAACUUUGGCCGCUACUACUACAACAUACGGCAGUGUGCUGCAGCAGACUUGGGUACAAUGACCUGGUUGGCCAUGCACUGUGAUUCAGAGUUAGACUGGAUUUGCAAGAUUCCCAGAGGGAGUGUUGAGAAGGUUCCAGAAGAUACUGAAGGUACCAGUUCACCAGAAUGGGUUACCUUUCAGGAGGCUGAGUACAAAUUUUUUAACCACCGCACCACGUGGGAUCAGGCCCAGAGGAUCUGCUCCUGGUUUGAUUCCUCCCUGGCCUCUGUACACUCAGCUGAGGAGCAGGCUUUUUUGGCUAACACUUUACAUAAGAUGGUGAAAGUGGAGGCGGACAGCUGGUGGCUUGGGCUGCACACCUAUGAAAAUGACGGGCGUUUCCGCUGGUCUGACCACUCCGUGCUCAAUUACGUUUCGUGGGCUCUUGGCAGGCCACAUCCGGUCAGCCGUGAUCGCAAAUGUGUCCACAUGUCUGCUAGCAAAGCUGACUGGGGUGAUCAGAAGUGUCACUCUGAUCUUCCCUACAUCUGUAAGAGGGUGAAUGUAACAGGGACCAUUCCUCCAACACCAUCAUCUCCUCACCCACCAUCAGGUUGUCCAGUUGGAUGGUCUUCCUAUCAGCAUAAGUGUUUUAGAGUGUUUGAUCAGUCACCCCGGGUCACAUGGUCUGCAGCCAAGUUGAAAUGUGAGGCACAGGGUGGCAUGCUGGCAGUGGUAUCCAGUCAUUUGGAGCAAGCUUUUGUUACCACCUUGCUGAAGAAUGCCAGCACUGACCUUUGGGUGAGCCUGACUUCUGACUCCAAGGGUCACUUCCAGUGGACCAAAACUGGUCUGCUCAGCUACACCAACUGGGCACCCGGUGAACCCCUCGACAACAGCGGACCACACCACAACAGGACCCCGGGAAACUGUGUGGUGAUGGUUCAUGGCAACCCACAGAAGAAAACUGGCAUGUGGGCCUCCCGAGCCUGUGAGAUAGAAAGUAAUGGCUUCAUCUGCCAAAGACAACAAGACCAAGGUCUGCCUCCGGCUCCGGCCUUCAUUCCUACCUCCCUGUCAAAACCCGUGGAGCUGGGUGGAGUGACAUACAGGGUGGUGAAGAAGCGUCUGGAUUGGACGGGUGCUCUUCACCUCUGUGAAUCUUUGAAUGGGACCCUGGCCACAGUGAAGGAUCCCUUCCAGCAAGCUUAUCUCACACUGCUUAUAAAUAGCCUGCACCAGCCUGCCUGGAUUGCCCUCUACAACUAUGGGGGACGGAGCUUUACCUGGUUGGGUGAUGAAGAAGCAACAUACUCAAACUGGAAAGAUGGGGAGCCCAAUCAGAUGGCUGGUUGUGGCCACAUGACCACCACUGGCCAGUGGACUAUGACACCCUGUGAUGCUAAACUGGAGGCUGCCAUCUGUCAGAUUAGCAAUGACCCUGUGAUCCACCAGUGGGUCUACCCUGGACAGUGCCCCCAUUCUUUGGGUGAAUGGGCAUGGGUGCCCUUCAGAAAUCACUGUUAUGCCUUCAACCUGCAAAGUCUUAAGCUGCAGCAGGAUGCACACACAUCCUGCAAAAAAAUGGGAGCAGAGCUUCUGUCCAUCUUGGAUGAGACAGAGAACAGCUUUAUAUGGGAACACAUCCAGAGCUAUGCAGAACAGGCACAUGGUGCUUGGCUGGGCAUCAGUGUAAAAGGUAGAGUUUUUGUGUGGAGUGAAGACAUGGAGAUGUCAUUUACCAACUGGGAAGCGCGGGAUGUGGCUUUCUCUGUGCUGUCUAUCAACUCCUGUUUCUGGAUCCAGAGCAACAGCGGCCUGUGGAAGCCAGGCUCCUGCAGAAAUCGCACACAUGGAGUAAUCUGCAAACAACCUCGUAGCGCUGAAACAUCACCAGUCACAUUGGAUGCUGAUCACCUGCCCACUCUCAUUAUUGUCAUGGUGACGGGCCUGGUGCUGGUGGUACUGAUAGUUACUGUGAUCUACCUGUACCGUCGGCGAAGUGUUGGGGCGCGGGGCUCCUACGAGGGGGCUCGCUACAGCCGCACCAACUCCAGUCUUGCCGAGCAGACAGAGAAGAACAUCUUGGUGUCUGACAUGGAGCUUAAUGAGCAGCCAGAGUAGCUCCAGCCACGCUGGACCAACCAACCGACCCAGGACUGGACCCAAGUUUAUGCAAGAGAGGCUGAUUGUAACGUGUUGACUCAGAUUCUGGUACACUUUGUGGCUUCGUGUAUGUUUAUUUUUAUUUUUUUUUGUCUCUUUUGAAACCAAAAGAUAUUUUUAAAUUGCUGAAAUGCUGUGUAGAGCGCAGCAGAUGAUUAAAUUGUAAACUGAAUCUCUAACUUCAAAAUUCUCACUUGCCAACAGUUCCAGCAAUUUCUCCUUUGAUGAAUCAGAUACUUUCAUUUGCUUUUAUCUAAAAACAUUCAUGAAGGCUAUAAUUGAUCUACUGGGAAUAGUUUAAUUGCAGCUGAAAAUAUUCAGUAUAAGACCAGUUUUGUUUUCAAAUAACUCCUCACUGUCUUCCCUGGUGCCAAAGUCAAUUUUUGCACACUGUAUAUUUUCAAUCUUCUUCCUAUUUUGUUUGGAAGAAUCUUAACUAAACUUUCCUUCCAUCCUGUAAUAGUCUUCUUCAGGGCCAAAUUUAUCUUUUUUUUUUUUUUUGCCAUGUCCAUAUUAACCCAAACUUGAACUUGUGUUUCUGUUUUUUCACAUAUUUGUCAUUAUCUGUGCAGCUUUAGAGAACUGUUUCUCAUGAUGCAUGUGUGGUUUUUUGAGCCUGCCUCUCUUCUCCUUUAUGGUCUGACACGUCAACACCAGCUGUCUGGCUAGCAGAGGAGGUACAAGUCCAAAUGUGAACAUGUGGAAGGUAACAGACACCGCUGACCUCAAAUCGUCUGAGGGUACACACUAUAAUUGUGCACAUAAGUAGAACUUUGUAUUGAAGACUGCUCUUUAAACAGACAACAUUGUAUUUUCUUUUAGCGCAGCAGGACUGAAGGUUGCCAUCACAUGAUCAUAUUUUGAGCCACCAUGGCUCAGUGGACAUUUUGGCACUUUUUUUUACUCUGGUUUUAAUCUUAUUUAGUCUCAGUCAUGCACUUUCCUUUAGUCAUCAUCUAAAGAAUGCAGUUCAUGCUCUGCAAUUCUUAAUUUUUGUUUGCCUUGACUGUUCCAUCUGGAAUUGAUUCAGCAAUUUUUUAGGGUAGUAAUUUUCUUUGCAUGCACUAUAAAAAAGGGGGGGAUUGUAAUUUGAUAUCUGUCUGAUCCAUCAUUUUUAUGACCUGCAGUUCACUUUUCUGGAUGUUACAUCACCAUCAUCUUGAUAGUCUGCUCUCUUUUUGACCUCUUAAAGACACAGGGUUUGUAAUAUGAUUUGACUUGUAUAUGACUGGCAAAGAUAUUAAGAAAUGCUUCUAGUUUUAUUGAAAAAUUGCCAACACUUGAAUUUCUUUUUGGCCUGCAAAGGAGAAUGUGUGCAACUAAGUUGCAUAUACAUGCCAAAGACUGGGCUGAAUUCAGCAUUUUUCUAAGGGAAAACCUACAAUCUUCUAGAUCAUGUUAAGAUUUCACGUGUGCAGAGUGUAAUGACCAGAAUUCAUUUCAAAUAUUUAACUACUCGCCUUCAGCCUUGCCUGUGAUCAUUUUUUUCUCUUCCUGCUUGGAGGAAUGCUUUGGAGCCAUUUCAGUCUGACGUUUUUGGUGUUUCGCUGAGCUGCUGUUAAAAAAAAAACAAAAAAAAAAAACAGCUCUUUUUGCUCCUUGAGUUGGACUAAGAUUGAAGGGGGAAGGGAGGAGGAGAAGUGUAUCUGUGUGUGUGUGUGUGUGUGUGUGAGUGUGUGUGUGUGUGUGUGUGUGUGUGUAUGUGCAGUCUCCAGCUGUGGAAUGUUGAGUCGGCAAGAAGAGCUCAGUGGCACGUCUGGAACCAAUCAGAGGAGGAGGGUUUAGGGACACAAAGGGUCAGAAUGGUGGAAAAAAAAAAAGGAAAGCUACAUGAAGGAUAAAAGGGAAAAAAAGGAGAGUGAGGAGGAGUCAUGGAUGUAGGUGGAGAAGGAGGAGUUUAAAGGGUGCAGUGGUUUUGGGUCAGGCUUACCCUGUCCUCUGCUGGUGGAUUUCUGUACAGGUUGCAGUUGAAUGACCUUAUUGUGGAAGUGAUUUAGAGAUGCCACAGUUUGAGCUGUGUGUUCCUCGUUGUAUGUGACACAGGCCAGCUCCUGUCCCUGUGAAGAUACCUGAAGCACCUGUUCAAUUUUUUUUUAAUUUUGUGUGUCAGUUUUAUAUGAAAUUAAUAAAGUCUAUGUUCUCAAA